AUGGCCACCGUACCAUCACCGAGCGCCAGCCUCUGGGCUGCCUUCCUCCUCCUGUUCACCCUCACACAGGCCUUCUACAUACCCGGAUGGUCAAUCAAGAGUUACAGCGAUGGCGAUGUGAUACCGCUGCUCGUCAACAAGGUCUACUCGGACAAGACACAGAUCCAAUACGCAUAUGCCGAACUUCCCUUCGUAUGCCCACCUAGCGGUCGUCGUCGAGUCGGCGGUCUCAUUUCUGGAUCGAGUAUCGCAUUGAACCUGGGCGAGGUACUCCGAGGCGAUCGUAUCGUUGUCAGUGACUAUGAACUGGAGAUGGGAAAAGACGAUGAGGUCCACUACCUCUGCAGUCACAAAGUCAACAGGGCAGGCCUGCAGAAGGCCCAAGAGAUUGUAAAAGACAACUACGUGGCCGAGUGGGUCGUCGACAACCUGCCCGGCGCAACCAACUUCGUGUCCACCGAUAAGACUCGCAAAUACUACGCCUCAGGCUUCAAGAUGGGCUUCCAAGACGGGGAUCCCACUACCGGCCGUCCGCGCUACUUCAUCAACAACCACGUCACGCUCGUUCUUCGCUACCACAUGGCUCCAGGAAGAGAUGGACAACGAGGCAAGAAGGUCAUAGUCGGGUUUGAGGUUUAUGCAAAGAGCAUCGAAGCUGGCAACAGAGACGCCCAGGGCAUACCCGCUUCCAUCACAGAUGUCAGCAAUGGCAUGGAGCUGACCAUGCGCAAGAACGGCACCGCUGCCGCCGCCGCCUACUACUCCUCUGAUUCGACCUACCAUCCAGCUACCAUCGACGACGUUGACGAAGAUGCCACUCUUACCAUUCCUUACACGUACUCCGUCUACUUCCGAGAAGAACCACACGUUGAGUGGCAGAAUCGCUGGAGUUUAUUCUUCGCCGACCAGGAUGAUACCACCGGCACCCACUGGUUCGCUAUUGUCAACUCGAUCAUCAUCUCUGGACUGCUCACGGCUGUUGUUGCAGUCAUCUUUGCACGCACCAUUCGUGGUGAUCUAAAGACCGCCAACAUUGAAGACGGUAAGCUCAGGGUCAAGCGCGGUAGGACUGGCACUCGCUCACCUCGCAAACCCGAUGAGAAAAUGGGAGGACUGCUCGACCAAGGCGAUGCCGACACCGACAUCUCGUCAGACGACGAGGCUGUGGAAGACCUCACUGGCUGGAAACUGGUUCACGCAGACGUCUUCCGUACCCCUGCAUAUGGUGGUGUCUUGGCCGCCCUUGUUGGAUCUGGAACUCAGCUGGUCUUCGUUGUCGCUGGUCUGAUCAUACUUUCUUGCUUCGGUAUCCUCAACCCGUCCUUUAGAGGCGGCUUUAUCAGCGUCGCCGUCGCUCUCUUCGUGCUCGCCGGCCUCAUUUCCGGAUACUUCAGUGCUCGUGUGUACAAGACUUUCUCUGGUCAGUUCUGGCAAAAGAAUUGUUUCGUCACCGCAACUCUUUUCCCUGGUCUUGUCUUCACAAUCAUAUUCAUUCUUAAUCUUUUCGUCUGGGCACAGGCUUCGAGCACCGCCCUACCAUUCGGAACACUCGUUGGUCUUGUCGCUCUCUGGCUCCUCAUCCAACUUCCUCUCGUCUAUGUUGGCUCCUGGUAUGGAUAUGUGCGCGUUGGAGCCUGGUCUCAUCCCAUUAGAGCAAGUGCCGUCCCUCGUCAAAUUCCCCAACAGAGCUGGUAUAUCCGCAGCUGGCAAAGCAUCCUUCUUGCAGGCCUGCCAGCAUUCUUUGUUGUGGCUAUUGAACUUAUGUUCGUCUUCAAGAGUAUCUGGCAAGACAAGAGUGGCUACUACUACGUAUUCGGCUUCCUCGCUGUUGUAGCAGUCAUGCUUGUUGCAGUGGUAAUGGAGGUUACAGUCAUAGCUGUGUAUAUCCAGCUAUGCUCCGAGGUAAAUUCUCGCUCCACCCAUCAAAUGAUUCCACAAACUAAUCUCAAUCAUAGNAACUAUCACUGGUGGUGGCAUAGUUUCAUGGUCGGUGCCUCGAGCAGCUUCUGGAUCUUCGCCUACUGCGUUUACUACUACUUCAACCACCUGCACAUCCAUGGCUUCGUGUCAUCGUUGCUCUUCUUCGCAUACUCGGGUCUUGCAUGCGCUGUUUACGCUCUCUUGACCGGAACUAUCGGGUUUCUGACUGCCUAUGCCUUUGUGCGUAGGAUAUAUGGUGCUAUCAAGACCGAUUGA